CUCCCGGGCGGUCACGGCGGACGCGGCGGGGGCGGGGAGCGCGGCCCCUGCGCCCGGCAUGAACCCGCGGCGGGGGCUCGGAGGCGGCGGCGGUGCCGAGGGAGCCGCAGGGCGAGCAGCGCUGCCGUGACCGGGCCAGCCACCUCCGGGUCCAUGAGCCGCCGCCAGCCGCCGCCGCCAGCCCAGACCGCCGUCGCCGCCGGGCCCAGCUCCCCCAGCCCCGCCGCUUCCGCCGCCGCUCCGCCGCCCCGCCGGAGGACGGUCCCGCGCCCUCCGCUGUGAAGAGCAUGGCCGUGACUCUAGAGCAGGCCCAGAAGGUGGGCUGCACCUGCCUGAAAGCACUCCUCAGGUUCGCUUUUAUGGUCGCCAAUAACCUGGUUGCUAUUCCGUCCUACGUCUUGUAUUUAAUUGUGCUGCAGCCUCUCCGAAUAUUGGACAGCAAAAGCUUCUGGUAUAUCGAAGGAGUGUUAUUUAAAUGGCUUUUAGCUAUGGUGGCUUCCUGGGGCUGGUGGGCAGGAUACACAGUAGUGGAAUGGGGUGAUGAUGUUAAAGCAGUGUCAGAAGAUGAAGCCAUGGUGCUGGUGAACCACCAAGCGACGGGUGACGUCUGCACUCUGAUGAUGUGCCUUCAGGAUAAAGGCACGGUUGUCCGUCAGAUGAUGUGGCUGAUGGACCAUAUUUUUAAGUAUACAAACUUUGGCAUUGUGUCUCUAAUCCACGGAGACUUCUUUAUAAGACAGGGGAGAGCACACCGUGACCAGCAGCUUGUGUUACUCAAAGAUCAUCUAGAAAAAUAUUACAGGAGCCGCAAUAGGAAAUGGAUUGUUUUAUUUCCAGAGGGUGGCUUUCUUAGGAAAAGAAGAGAAACAAGCCAGGCAUUUGCCAAGAAAAACAAUUUGCCAUUUCUUAAGCAUGUCACUCUGCCAAGAGUUGGGGCAACACAAGUAAUUCUGAAGACGCUUGUAGCACCACAAGAAAAUGGAACUCCACCAGGUGGAGAUGCUGUGAGAAAAGGGAGCAGAUCCAAAGGCCUCCAAUGGGUGAUAGAUACAACCAUUGCAUAUCCCAAAGCUGAACCUAUAGACAUCCAAACCUGGAUUCUUGGCUACCGACAACCAGCAGUGACACACGUACAUUACAGGAUUUUUCCAGUGAAAGAUGUCCCUGCAGAGCCUGAAGCUCUCACAAACUGGCUGUAUCAACGAUUCAUUGAAAAGGAAGACCUCUUGACACAUUUCUAUGAAACAGGAGCUUUUCCACCACCCCAGGGUCAGACAAAAGCCAUUUCUCGGGAGAUGACCCUCAGUAACCUGUGGCUGGUUGCCAUACAAUCAUUUGCAUUUUUGUCAGGAGGGAUGUGGUACUGCUUCUUUCAGUAUUUGUACCAUUGCCUAUUUUAAAAGUGGAAUGGGACCUGAGGACACAGUGGGAAUCCAGGCUCUUGCAAAUGAGUAUCAUGUUGUAUGUGCAAAUGUGAAUAUUCAAGAGUAAAGGAAAAUACUGGAUGGACUUUUACCUCUCUUUGGGGGAAUUUUAAACUCCACUAAAAGUGAAGAUCAGUAACAUAGUGACCUGAUGAUGUAUUAUUUUAAGAAUUGUCUGUAUUUUUAAAAAUGUAUACUCUCACCCACACUUAAGCAAAUUCAUUAUUUGGACAAAAGGUGCAAUUGUUCAACCACCGUAGAAGAAUGUCUGUGACAAGAAAGCUUUGUCACCACAGGUAUUUCUUGGCAUUGUAGUUAGAGCUCAGAAAAUUCAGCAACUUGUCUCUUCAGUAGUGUGUACAGCAUUGGUGUGGUAGAGAUUCCUCAUUUGCACAACGUGUACUUUAUUGCAGCUCAUUGUGCUGGAGUCAGAGAUCCUCAGCAGAGCUGGUGGAGGUGUCUUUGUGGCUACGCAGUCAGCAGUUGUUGUAGCAGACACGUUGAUCUGAACCCAACACCCAAAUAAGAUCUGGUGUCAGGUCUGUCCUCUGAGGCACUGGCCCUCAAACAAGCAUUGCAGCAUCACGGUGUGAUUCAAAGCUGUCCACGUGGGAUGAAUCAGCCUAUCCCUGCUGUGGUCUUGCCAUCAGCUCUCCAAGUUCCAUGUGCUACCAGUGUCUCGUGUUAUAGGGCAACUUGGAAAAUACAAAGUCACUUGGUUAAAUUCCCUUUUUUAGGUCAGAAUGCAGCCAAAACCCUCACCAUCAGUUUUGAAAAUGCACUUUCAAAGGUGAAAAGUCAGUGAAGGAAGGACGUAAAACUUAGGGAACAGAGGGAAGCUUUGUUUGUCACACGUUGGAAGGCAGAGCAAUUCUAGCUGUUUCUGAAGGUCUGCUGGUGCUGCUGGUGAUUUUUAGCCACCUUUGUAUUUUGUAUACUGCAGUCCAACCAUGGUGACCUUGAAGUGGUUUAUAGAGGCCUUUUUCUCCCUGCUAGUUGCAACAGUGCUAAAUAUACUUGUGGGAGAGUUUGAAUAAGUAAAUGCCAACCAUCUUAAUGUUUUGCUAAGGAGUAAUAGAAGAAAAACUAGUUUCAUAAAAAGAAAAAUAGGUAUAAUUGCUAUCAUAAAUCUGUAGGAAGAUACUACUGAAAAAAUAAGUCUGGUCAAUAUUCUGAAUAACUACAUGGAGGGCAGUAUUAAUUAGCUCACCACUAAAAUCUUACUGCUAAAAUCUUACUGGAAUAAGGAUGGGUUGAACUGAAGGGCAGCUGGGAACAGAAGACACUUUCAGAUGUGUAGUGCAGGAUCCUUUUGAAAGGAUGUCAGUGAUGUACAGCCUUACUUCUGGCAGGUCUGGUUGGCAUUGUGUUUAUGUGAUUAUGCGCAGAUUUGCGAGAACGGUUCCUAAAAUAAAACUAAUCUCUCUAAAUACAGGCAGGGUAGCCAGAACUUCAGAUGCUGGCAUACUGCCUUCUACAGAGUAAUUUUGUUGAGAACAAAGUAAGCCCUCAGUAGUUUUGGCUCUGAGCUAGCAAUAUUGAUUCCCCUUCUGUCUCCCUCUGCUGCUACAUGAAUCACAGGAGGUGGUGUGCAGAAUACAAAACCUUGCCAGUGUUCCCUUUCUGUGGGGGGGCAGGGUUGGAAAGAACAUACCAAAACACAAGGCAGUGCCAAUUUCCCUGGCUUUGUGGAAAAAUACUUUGUCAAAUAUGCCAUCCCUGCCUCUCCCCAUGCAGCAGUGGUUGCUCAGUGGGGAUGGAUGCAAAGUGACACCACAGUAAGGUCCCCUGAAUGUGUGUUCCCUCCGUGACUCCACAGGAGGCUGGAGGCAAAGUACAGUGGUUGCUAAUAGCUUCAUGUUUGAAGCAAGAUGCUGUUUAUAAAUACCAUCUCUGCACCUGAAUUCUGGUGUAACCAUUAAAAAGAGGUAGGUGUGCCAUGAUAGGGAUGGAGUCCAUCGAGUAUUUGUUGUUUCAUGUUGUUCUUGCUAAAGUUCAGCUGAUGGAAUGAAUGUAUUUAAUCUGCCAUUUGAGAGGGCGGUGUUGGGGCAGCCCAGCACUGUUUUGUGUAAGUGUUAUUUCUGCUGCCCGUGGGACUGACUCUUUCAACUCCAAAAGGCAGGUGGCAAGCUACUCACUUGCUGUCCUCCCCCAUGUAGUUUGGUUAGACCCACAGAGAUGCCCAGAGUACAGCUCAUUUUAUUUUGAGCUAGGACAGACUGGACUGAUGCAAAAAGGGAAGUUCAUGUAAGCAGAAUGCACAGCAGUUACUCACAUCAGGAGAUUGUUUCUUAUAGACCCUGUGAACUCCAUGUAAGAGCAUCUUGUUUUGUCAAAUGCAGUAUUUUUAUUUUCCCAGUGGGUUGCAGUCCAUAGCAAGUGUUCACAUGCUGCCUCAAGAAAUUAGCACUGCGCAGUAAUGUUUCAGGCAAGCGUUGGAUUGAUCUGGUCCUGUUCAUUUUCACUUUGUUCCUCUGUAGUUCUUACUCUUACAAGAAGUUUGUUUCCAAGCACUGGUUGUUGUUUCAGUAGGGUGUGGAAACAGUGUCACUCCCAGGCUUCUCUCCUGCCUGCACUAGGAAAUGUGAAGAGCACCUGACAUCACAGCUCCCUACGGCCGAGUUGCUGUGGGUGACACCAGAAUGAAACUGUUGGAAAGCACCUCCAAAGGAGCCUCCCAGCAUGAUCCUCGAUCCUGCUUCAUGAAAGAUAAUAAAUAGGAUAAAAUAAGUUUUGCUAUGAAGGGAAGAAUGUAAAAUGGAUACAUAUGUAGGAAAUUCAGUGCUAAAAAUACCAUGCUGGUUCAGACUGUCUGGAGCUUAGCAGGUGAGUCUGUAAAACACAAAUUUCUGUCUGCUGCAGUUCGGUUCUACCUUCUGGCAGUUGGCUGCAGUUCUGGAUGUAAUGGGUGUUUUGCUGCACCAUCCAUGGGUUGCCUCCUCUGGAGAGUUCAAAAUGUGUUUUGAUAGAAACGUGAAUGAACCAUACCGUUGAUCACAAAUCAAUAUCACAUUGAAUUUAUAUUAAGGGAGAAAUAAUGGAAAAAUGUGUAAAAUUAUCAAAAAUGAAAAAUUCACAGAAAAAAUUCCAAAUGAAAGCUGUUGCACGCAAAAAUGAGAGCAAUUUGAGUGCAUGGCAAAUAAUAAAGAUGGUUCUCUGCCAAGGUUGCCCACAAAAAUCUCCACAUUUUUACGUUUAAUUGUUCAUAAAGAAGUUGUUAGGGUUGAAGUUGUGUCAGUCCUCACGGUUUAGCUUUGCUGCUCUGUGAAUCCCAUGAUGUGAAGAGCACCUGUCCAUCCACGCCAAGCAGUUUCUUCAGUGCCCUGGGGUGAGUGUGCCGUCAUUUCAGUCUCACUUGGGUUCCAUGUGUGGUUCUGUUGAAUCUUGCAACAGUGGUGUCUCUUUUUCUUUUUUUUUUUCUUUUUUUUCUUUUUUUUUUUUGUAAAGUUGCUGUCACCAGAUGUUGAGAAGUGAAAUUUCAGUUUACCUUGAUUUCCUGGAAGAUUAAAAGCUUCCCUCUCCCUCCUCCCCCAGCGUCAUGAAUAAGGUGCAUCUUCUUGCAGUACAAAUAAAGCGAUCACUGUGGUACUGUUCCUUGUUCACUUGGUUUGCAGAUGAUGGAACUUUCCUUUGUGUGACACUGCCAUAAAGUGCUGUUAACUUUUCUCACCUGUUUGUGCACGACAGUAACAGAUACCGAUCACUGUGUGUGACAGGAUUCAACUGCUCCGCUUUGCCUUGACAUAAAUUUUGGGACCAAAGGUACCUAAAACUGGGAUUUCCAAACCAUGAGCCCAGGGUUGGAUGCAUUCUCUUGACAGUCAGCUGAAGAUUUUGUGGUGAUCUGAUACAAUCACACAAAAUAAUUAUACAUCUGGGGUUCUGUAUUUUUUGGAAAUAAUGGAGCCAUAUGAAAUAAAGGGUUAUUUUGCAAAAUUGCA